CACAAAUUUGGUUAGGCUUUCCUUGUGCUGAUGCCUGCCUGGUUCUAGGGAAUCAAGUGAUGUGGGGUGAGUGUACCUGCUGAGAACCAAAGAAGAUAAGGAACAGUGGUUGUCCCCCACCCCCGGGCAAGGAGGGGACUGGGCCGCUCUUCCAGUUUGGAAAUAAGGCAUUCACACCCCUAGUGGUUGGCUGCUGAGUCCAGUGGGGUGUGUUUCUUGUUUUCCUUCCCGAUUGUGGCCUCAGUGCUUGAUGGGGCUGCCUGUUGGUGGAACAAUCUUCACAGCAUCUGGUGGGAGCAAAGAGCUGUGGGAGACGGCCAAUGAGCCUGGGCUCUCCCUGAGACUGCGGGCUCUCCAGAGUUAAAAGAGAGAGAAAGAGAGACAGAAAGCCCCACUCUCCCCUGUCAUGUCCUCCAAGCCAGAGCCAAAAGACCUCCACCAGCUGAAUGGGACUGGCCCUCCAGAGCUGCCCUGCCCAGCAGAUCUCCCUGGACGGGAGCCACUAGCAAGCACCUCAGAGUUUCUGGGUCCAGAUGGGGCAGGAGUGGAGGUGGUUGCGAUCGAAUCACGGGCCAAUGCCAAAGGGGUUCGAGAGGAAGACGCCCUCCUGGAGAACGGGAGCCAGAGCAAUGAGAGCGACGAUGUCAGCACAGACCGUGGCCCAGAGCCGGCCUCUCCUCUCAAGGAGACCUCCUUCUCCAUUGGGCUCCAGGUGCUUUUCCCUUUUCUCCUGGCUGGCUUUGGGACCGUUGCUGCAGGCAUGGUGCUGGACAUUGUACAGCACUGGGAAGUCUUCAAGGAUGUCACUGAAGUCUUCAUCCUGGUACCUGCACUGCUGGGGCUCAAGGGGAACCUGGAAAUGACCCUAGCCUCGAGACUGUCGACAGCUGCCAACAUUGGGCACAUGGACACACCAAAGGAGCUUUGGAAGAUGAUCACGGGAAACAUGGCCCUUAUCCAGGUCCAGGCCACCGUAGUGGGCUUCUUGGCCUCCAUCGCAGCAGUCAUCUUCGGCUGGAUCCCCGACGGUCACUUCAGCAUUAGCCACGCCGUAUUGCUGUGUGCCAGCAGCGUGUCUACCGCCUUCAUUGCUUCCCUGGUCCUGGGCAUGAUUAUGAUCGGAGUCAUCAUUGGCUCCAGGAAGAUUGGCAUCAACCCUGACAAUGUGGCUACGCCCAUCGCGGCCAGCCUGGGAGACCUCAUCACGUUGGCGCUGCUCUCGGGCAUCAGCUGGGGGCUGUACCUGGAACUAGAGGGCCGGCCGUAUAUCAACCCUCUGGUGUGUGCCUUCUUUGUGGCCUUGUUGCCUGUCUGGGUGGUACUAGCCAAGAGGAGCCCCGCCACGCGGGAGGUCUUGUACUCAGGCUGGGAGCCGGUCAUCAUUGCCAUGGCCAUCAGCAGCGUUGGAGGCCUCAUCCUAGACAAGACUGUCUCUGACCCCAACUUUGCUGGCAUGGCUGUCUUCACUCCAGUGAUCAAUGGCGUUGGAGGCAAUUUGGUGGCAGUCCAAGCUAGCCGAAUCUCCACCUACCUGCACAUGAACGGGAUGCCAGGGGAAAGCUCAGAGCCAGCCCCCCGGCGCUGCCCUAGCCCUUGUACCACCUUCUUCAGCCCUGACGUGAACUCGCGCUCAGCCCGGGUCCUCUUCCUCCUCGUGGUGCCCGGACACCUGGUGUUCCUCUACACCAUCAGCUGCAUGCAGGGCGGGCACACCACCCUGACCCUGAUCUUCAUCAUCUUCUACAUGACGGCUGCACUGCUCCAGGUAUUGAUUCUCUUAUACAUCGCAGACUGGAUGGUGCACUGGAUGUGGGGCCGGGGUCUGGACCCAGACAACUUUUCCAUCCCAUACUUGACAGCCUUGGGUGACCUGCUCGGCACUGGACUCCUGGCCCUCAGCUUCCAUGUUCUCUGGCUCAUCGGGGACCGAGACACAGAUGUUGGGGACUAGCCUCCACCCAUCCAUCCCCAUCUCCUCAUAUUUGAUUUUAUUUCUUUUUGGUUUUCUCCCCAUCCUCCUUUCUAGGACUUCACUUUGAUAUUGAAUUCUCAUUAUUUUCAAUGGGAAUUUUUUAAUAUGUUGAGCCGAGUUUGUACAGUGUGCAUUUAGGAAGGCUAGAUUGACUGGGACAAACAGCAUGAGUCAAUUCUGAGACAAUCACCAAGUGCAAUUUCAUGGUGGGUGCCUCCAAGCAGGGCAGGGGACAUCUUUCUGGAACAUAGGGACCCAAAGUCCAACCUCAGCAACCUCCAUGUUUGACUCACCGGGGAGCCUUUUGUGGGUGGGCUCUGGCAUUUUGGGUUGCCUGUGGGGAUAAUAAAAUCAUCCCUUACUUCCUUGAAAACGAGUAAAAGAAAGGAGCUGAGCAGGGAACAACUGCUUCCUCACUCUUUUCUGCUGCUUGAAAUCAGCACCCCCACCCCUAGAGAGAAGGAGGCGGGUUAACUGUUCUCAUCCUAGUAUGUCCUUCACCCCUUAACUGUUAAGUAUCCCCAGUAAUCUAUCCCACUCUUCUCCAAUUUCCUAACACUCCUUGGAAGAAGCAGACAGUGGCUUGGGCACCCUUUGCCAGCCACCAAUUCUUCCAUUCAUUCAAAUUCAGAUACCCACAACCUCUCAGGGCUCAAACAACAGGCUGCAUGUCUCUUCCUCCCUCUUGACCCCUCAGCCAUUCGACCUAUUUCUUGUCCAUGUUUGAGCGCACCCUGCCCCCCAAAUGAGCCAAGGGGCUAAGUCAGGAGCUGGUUCUUUACUUAGAAGUUUUAGGGAGAAAGUUCUACUUCCCCCUCUGUGCUUAAAAUUGCAUGGAGUCAAUGAAGACUUGGGGAUUUCCUAAGCAAGCACCCCCCACACUCCAUCACUUUCCUUCCCUUGCUUCUGUCUCAGAGAAUUUCUUCAUUCAUCUAUUCAUUUAUCCAACAAAUAUUUAUUGAGUACUCAUUAUGUACAAAGCCUGGAAGAACAGUCUUCUCCCACACCAGCCCCACAGGAAGCUGAUUUUUUUCUACAUCAUCAUCUCUUCAAUAUCUAAAGCCUUGCCUUCCCACUUCCUUUUGGUCUUAAAAGACAGAACCUGCCUUUGAACUUAGCAGUGAGGGAGGGUUUCUUGAACCUGAGCUUCACCAAACUUAGGCUUCCUGUUUUUUCCCCAUGUUUUGGUUCUCACCUCUGCCCAGCCCUGACCACCACCAAGGUGCCCAACCUGCUUCCUCCACCAGGAUUCUUGGCUUUUCUCCCAAGUUGAUGACAGCUAUAUCCAGCAAGAGCCUAACUGCCCCUUCCCACACUCCCCAUCCCUCGACUACUAGGAUCCUGCCCACUGGGCACCCAGCAGGGUCCAGAAUCAUUAGUCUGGACCUCACCCAGUUGCUGCUGUUUUUCUCUGCCUGAUACAAGAGAACUGGAAGGAAACUGGGGUUCUCAGCAUCUCCACCAUGUAUUGUUCUGGACUAGAUUGGGAAUCUGGGGAAAACUGAAUACAUAUACUCAUGCAUGUAUGGAUUUGGGCAUUUGGAUGCAGGUUGCUCAGCUUCUUUGCUCUAGGGGCUCCCCACAAAACCUUCCUACCCAUGAGUAUGGUGGGUAAAAAAGAGACCAUUCUCACCUCCACACCCAAUUUCUACCCCUACAUCCCAAAUUGGCCUCCUAGGGACUGCUUAGGCAAGAGCCCCAUCUCUUAUCAAUACCACUCAUCAUUGGGACCCUCCACUGAAUUUUCUGAAGCAAACCUCCCAUUAUUCCCAAUCCAUCCUAGAAUCAGAAUCCUAGUUGGAAGUGAUAUUCAUAGUCAUCCAUCUACCUUGGGCUAUGUCCAACAAAGCUAAUUCAUCACUGCUUGGACUUGUCUUUUCUGCUCCCACCCCCUGCCUGACCCCUCACUCCACUACUAUCCUCUAUCUCCUCUACCCAAAGAACAAAACAAAAACCCCCUCCAGAGGUCAUCCCUCUUCCAGCUUCCUGGUUUGGCCAGUUUAUCCAACUCAUCUUUCUCUUAUCCACAGAGUCCUGUUUGGGCCAGUGAGUGGACCAGGGGACUUGGUAAGGGGGCUAGGAUGCCCCACCCCCCCCUCAGGUCCUGAGUAUGUGGUCUCUGAUGAGAGGGGAAGAAAGAGGAACUGUGGAGUGAGAGCACGUAUCACUGAAAGCGCAAAUGCAUCCAAGGUUUCUUUCCCCAACUGUGCAUGUAUGUUAGACCUGGCUGUAAGGAGCAAUGUUGGUUUACUCUUGUAUUCUUAAAAAGUUCCAGAACUGUGUCUUAAGAGAAUUAUUUAUAGUUGCUAUAACUGAAUUGACAAAUGUCAACUUAACUGAUAAAUUAUAUUUGGUAAAAUAAAGAGGACAUUUAUUUA